AUGGGUAUUAGAGGACUCUUAAGCUAUCUAAAAUCCGCUGAAAGAGAGUGUCAUAUUAAUGAGUUUAAACAAAAAACUAUAGCUGUUGAUAGUUUUUCAUGGCUAUUUAAAGGAGCCGAUUUGAUGAACCCCGCCAAAGAUGAUGGCCCCAACAGUUUGGUUAAUUAUUGCCUAAACAAUGUCAACCUUCUCUUGAACCAUGAUAUAAAACCUAUCAUGGUUUUCGACGGAAAAUAUUUGCCGGUAAAGAAAGAAAUUAAAGAACUACAAACGGAACGGAUGCAGCCAAGAGAAAAGAGGACGCACAUUGGAGGUUUUAAGAGAUCGAUACGAAAAUGUAAUACAAACUUUCAUCCGGCCGCAAUACGCAUUCUAAUUAGUGAGUGCCAGAAAAUGAAAGUUGAUUGUAUUGUGGCCCCAUAUGAGGCAGACGCACAAAUUGGAUAUUUAACCAAACUCGGAGUCAUCGAUGCUGUAAUUGCAGAAGAUUCGGAUCUGGUGCUAUUUGGAUGCCAAAAUAUAAUUUAUAAAUUAGAUGAUGAGGGACAGGGUGUACUCUUAGAACGAGAUAAAAUACCCCAGGAUGAAUUGUCCUUUGAUCAAUUAAUAUAUACUUGUAUUUUGGCAGGCUGUAAUUACAGUACACCUUUGGCAGGGAUGUCUCUAAAUAAGGCAGAAUCUCUUGUAAAAUUAAGCGAAGAGAAAGAUCCUAUAAAAAUAUUAGAAGAAUUACCAAAGGAUCUAAAUGUUACGGAUCAAUAUAAAGAUGAAUUUAUGGGUGCAUUGGCCGUCUAUAAACAUCAGGUUGUGUUCGACCCGUUUGAGAAGAAAUUAGUGCAUCUGACAGAACCUGAUCUAAAAGAGCCACUAGAAAAGUAUUGUAGCAAAGUAGGCACCUUUUUUGACGAUAGCGAAGCAUAUCAAAUAGCCAUAGGAAACCUCAACCCAAUUAAUAACAUAAAACGAAAUUAUUGGGAUCCGAAAAAUUCCGCACCGCAUAGUAUCUGGUCUUCGCAACGGCGUAACCAGGAUGAUCCUAAGGAGGGUGGCGGGUGA